AUGGAAUAUGUCACCCGAGGUGUCUGCGGCCAGGAAGGAUGCCGUGAACGAAAAUAUUACUUAGAUAAUGGCCUAUGGUUCUGUCGACGGGGCCAUUUGCAAGAGGGCCGCCAGGUUGAAGAAGACGGAGAUGACUUCGGCACACAGGGCAAGACGCACCGCGUGAGAAGAGAGAGUGAAGAGAGAUCCCGCAAGAGGGUUGUUCGUGAUCUCUGGGCUCUUCGAGUCCGGAUGUACUCAUCAAGGAUUCAUCAAAUCGAAGAUCAUGAGAGUAACGACACCGAUGGUCCUGAGCUUUUCAGUUCGCAGGCAGAAUCUUCUGAUGAAACAGGUGUCAAAGUGGGCGGCAAGUAUCUUGAGUGGCCUCGUAUGCUUGAUACUGUUGCCCUCUGCUACCUGGCUGCCAUUUUGAUGCGACUUCCGCGUUUACCUGACGUGGAAACUCUUCAUCGUGGGUUUGAAGACCUGGUGCUCUACUACCGUCGGCGCUUCGAACUCGCAGUUCCGCGGUUGAAUUACCCAAUUAUCACCUAUCGCUACAUCAAAAGGCUCGCCAUUCCCAGUAUGUAUCUAUCCUACUGGGAUCCUAUCUCUCAUCUACUUUUCAUCGAAGCUAAUCUUCGCAAAGUUGAUGUUUAUGAGGUCACCAAGACCCUACGAGGCCUUCUUGGCUUCAACUUUGAAUAUGCUGCCAAUUUUGAUCGGAAGAGGCCAGUACUCCGGCAACCAGAAGUCCAAAUAAUGGUACUUGUUAUCAUUUCUACCAAGCUACUUUUCCCUUUCGAUGAUAUUCUGCGGAACCCGGCCACUCCAAAAGAACCUAGCGCCCAGGCCAUGGACUGGGAACGUUGGGCACAUGCUCAAAGGCAGUUUGACUUUCAUCCACAUGCUGAUGGAAACAUCGGCAAAGAGAUGAUGAUCAAAGUAUCCGACACGGACGUGUUGAAUAUGACCGCAAACCAGCUCGAUGAGUACAUGGACUGGUACGAACAGAGCUGGCGAGACACUACCAGGCCUGCGAACCCAAUUGCGGAGCUAUUUCCUAUCUCACGAGCGGGACCAGAGGUCAGUUCGGACAACUUGUCUGCGCUCAAGCCUCAAAGUACUCCUGAUAAGGAAGAAGAUUCUCUCAAUGAAUUAUUGCAAACAGUCAUGGAAGGCCUAUCACCCAUAGCAGUUAGGCCGGAUGCGAAUGAUACAUGUCCUAGGCCUGGGAGCUGGUAUCGGCGUUAUCGAUGGGAGUCUUCGAUUCCUAGCACUGCUCGUCCCUUUUACGAACUCGCUGCACGGCUUGCUGGCGUAUCCUUUUCGACGCUCUUCCGGGCAGUGACCGUUGCUGAAUGGAGACUUGCACAUUGGCAGGAGAGGCGGCGACGGCCGGGUCAGAUGAACGACGGAUUGGAAGAUGCUGCCAGCGAAGACGACAGUGAGGAUCGCUAUGAAGGGGAAAAUGUUGAACACGAUGUGAACGAAGAGAACCUAGAGGAGCUUCAAGGGCAACUAUUAGAACUGGAUGUUUAG